GUGCUUGAACUGGGAUUUAAUUUCUCAUCCUAUGGAUCACUGAACGAGUAACAGAUGGCCUUGCCUCGUCUUACAGGCGCUUUACGCUCCUUUUCAAAUGUCACUAAACAUGAGGAUUACAGUGAAGAAUUAGCUGACUUAACGACUAAAAGAUCAAAACUACAUGAACAGUUGCUGAAGUCUGAUCUUACUUGGAAGAAGAUAAUAAAGUUUGUUGAUGACAAUUUGGACAAAAAAGAACACCAAACUGUAAAUGGUGAUUUAAAAACUAUAUUACAAGCUGCAAAACAAAUAGUUGGAGCUGAAAAUGGACAAGAAGCAAUUGAAAGUGGAGCUGUUUUUCUCUUUAAGACAUUUCACAGGAAAGAAUGUGUUGGUCAUGAUGAGACAAAGGCGAUCAAGCAGAUGUUUGGGCCGUUUCCAUCAUCAUCUGCUACUGCAGCUUGUAAUGCCACAUGUCGGAUUGCUUCUCACUUCACUGAAGAACAGCUUACAGCCCUCAUACAGAUGGCUGAAGAGCAAAAUGGUGAUCACAGGGUGUUCUUCGGUAAAAAUAUAGUGUUUUCAUUUGACAUGCAUGAUUUGGAUCACUCUGAGGAGCUGCCUGUGAAUGGUGAGGCUGAUGCGCAGAAAAUUAUAAGCUUAGAUUAUAACAAAUUUCUGAAUAACCAGCUGAAUCACUUACAGAAUUACUGUGAUGAGAAAUCUGAUCCCAAGUCUUCGGAAAAAGUAGAUGAUUCUUUUUUAUGGUGUGAAGUUGGAAAGUAUCUGAAUGAAUCUCAAGGGGGUACCCCUGGAGGGCCAACAACAGAAGACCUCUGCUGUACUUUGUACGAGAUGCUUGCUUCUACCAAAAGUGGCGAUGAACUUCAAAAUGAG